UGUGCGAAACAACCAGUUCAAGCCGCCAUUUUACUUCUUGUAGCGCGUGUAUCACGUCGUGCAAUUGAUUGUGUAGUUUUACCUUUACGACUAAUUCGAAAACUGAUUACGUAAGUUUCGUGGGGAAUUAGCCUCAACUAACAACUUUUGAGACACGCCAUUAUUCGUUUGCCGCGUCGUCAUGACAAAAAUUACUGGAAAACGAGGCAAAAUGCCAGGUUUUAGCAGCGUAGGCACUUUCAAGAUAUUCAUCGGUAAUCUUACUGAUAAAACUUCUAAUUCUGAUAUAAAGCCAUUAUUUGAAAAAUAUGGAAAAGUUGUGGAGUGUGAUGUAGUCAAGAACUAUGGUUUUGUGCAUAUGGAAAAUGAAGAAGCAGGUAGAAAUGCUAUACAGAAUUUAAAUGGAACUCCAGUACAUGGGCAGCCAAUAAAGUGCGAAGCAGCCAAGAGCCGCAAAGGCCCAAAUACACCAACAACCAAGAUCUUUGUUGGUAAUCUGACAGACAAUACUAAAGCCCCACAAGUGCGAGAACUUUUUGCCAAAUACGGUACGGUAGUUGAAUGUGAUAUCGUACGUAACUAUGGUUUCGUCCAUCUUGAAGCAUCGGGUGAUGUUAAUGAUGCAAUUAAGGAGUUAAAUGGACAAAUAGUUGAUGGUCAACCGAUGAAAGUACAAAUAUCUACCAGUCGAGUAAGACAAAGGCCAGGAAUGGGCGAUCCAGAACAAUGUUACAGAUGUGGACGUGGUGGACAUUGGUCCAAAGAAUGUCCCAAAGGUGGAAUGGGCGGAGGUCCAGAUAGAAAUGGAUUUAGAGACAGAAUGUUCGGUCGUGAUCCAUAUCCACCUCCACCCCCUCCACCAUUCUUACGAGAUCGAUUAAUGGGAGGUCGUGGUUUUGGGGAGUAUGAUAGCUAUUACGACAGAAGAGGUUUUGAUGAUACUAGAGACCUUUAUGAGAGGAGGUUCACAGGAAUGGCUGGACCUCGUGACAUGGAUAGUACCAUGUUAGGACGAGAUUUUCCACCGAUGUCAAUGCCACCACUACCAGCCAGACGUGAUCCAAUGCCUCCAAUGCCUGCUUUAGGUAUGGGAACCAUGCGGGAUAGUGGUUUCUCUCGUGGCAAUGAUUACGGAAUGUUUAGCAGACGAUCACCACCUCCAAGUGGUAAUAAUGGACGAUUCAGUGAAGGUAUGAUUAUUGGCUUGGGAAAUCCACUUUUGGAUAUAUCAGCUACAGUGAAUGAAGAUUUUUUGAAAAAAUACGGUCUAAAAGCUAAUGAUGCUAUAUUAGCUGAUGAACGUCAUAAAUCACUUUAUGAUGAAUUAAUUGAGCAAUAUAAAGCUGACUUUAUAGCUGGUGGAGCUGUACAAAAUACUAUGAGAGUUGCUCAAUGGUUUUUAGAAAAACCUCACGUCGCCACAUUUAUGGGGUGUGUUGGCAAAGACAAAUACUCCAAAAUUCUUGAAGAAAAAGCAAGAGUUAGUGGAGUAAAUGUAAAAUAUCAAUAUCAUGAUACAGAACCAACAGGUACUUGUGCUGUUUUAAUCACUGGGAAAAAUAGAUCUCUUUGUGCUAAUUUAGCUGCAGCUAAUUGUUUCUCGCCUAUGCAUAUAAAAAAACCAGAAAACCAUAAAUUUUUAGACAAUGCUCAAUACAUCUACAUUUCUGGUUUUUUCUUAACAGUCAGUCCAGAAACAGUACAAGAGGUGGCUAAUCAUGCUCAUGUUAAUAAUAAAACAUUUAUGAUGAAUCUUAGUGCACCAUUUAUAUGUGAAUUUUAUAAAGAAUCAUUAAUGGCAGCAUAUCCAUAUGUCGAUAUUAUUUUUGGUAAUGAAACAGAGGCUGAAACUUUUUCAAAAGUUAAUAAUUUUGGUACAACUGAUAAAAAAGAGAUAGCAUUAAAAAUGGCUAAAAUGAAAAAAGUAAAUGAAAAAAGAAAACGAAUUGUGAUAAUAACACAAGGUUCUGAUCCUGUUAUUCUUGCAAAAGAUGACACUGUUAUAGAAUUUCCUGCAACAUGUUUACCUGAGGAAAAAAUAGUUGAUACUAAUGGUGCUGGAGAUGCUUUUGUAGGAGGAUUUAUUGCACAAUAUGUACGAGGAGAAAGCAUUGAAAAUAGCAUUAAAUGCGGAAUUUGGGCUGCUACGGUAAUUGUACAAAGAUCUGGAUGUACUUACGAAGGAAAGCCAGAUUUUGGUAUUUGAUACAACGUUUUGAAAUUAAAAAUUAUACGAAAUUGUACUUACAAAAUUAACACAUUGCCAUCAUCAUUGAUAGUUAAUCACAUGAGGUUUAUUGAAAAAGAACAAAAUAAAUAAAAUUUGCAAUUUAUC